GACAAUGUCUCAAUGUUGAUGUCAAAACAUGCAAUUUCACCAUUGUUGCGAUAUUGGUUAAAAAUAAAGGGGGCGAACUAUACUCGAUGUUUCCUUGGCCAAAUACCAGACGAGUAUAUUGAAUCGGGAGGUUCGAAGUAUAGCGGCAAAUUCAAUGGAUCCCGUGCUAUCUCGAGUAGAAAUCGACCCAAAUGCACCAUCCCAUUCUGUAGCCAUAAAAUGGAUUGAUGCGAUGCGUUCAGCUGUUUCUGUUCCCCCUCAGUCUCAUGACACGGGCUUCAAAGAGGCGCUAAUUCUCCGUCAUUUAACCGUCGAUCGUGUUGAUACCGGCCUUGUCCUUUCCACCCUUGCCGUCAAGCCUCCCAUCACGAACAGGUAUAAUACGUUGCAUGGAGGGGCGGUGGCAUCAAUUGCGAGUAUUGUGGGAUUGGCAGCUGUAAAGACGGUUGCCGCAGAUAAGGUGUUCUUUCAGACUGAAAUGAGCAUGUCUUACCUCUCUGCUGGACGCAUUGGAAAUAGUAAAAUGGACGGGCAGAGGCAGGCGAGAGAAUGGAUACCAGGUGUUAAGUUUGACAGGCAAAUAAACCAAAAUUCAUGGAAUUUCAUUACAACAAUUUGUGGUGGGAAUUCCGGAAAAAUCUCUUCAAGUGCAACACAGUUGAAUAGCUGGCAGUAAGUGGUGCAAGCACGAAGAUCAAAUGCGUUUCUAAUUUCAGAUAAUAUUUGAUUAUCACUGCUGGAUGCCAUCAACAUAAAGAGAGCACCAAAAUCGCCCUGUAGUAAGUUUGGAGGGAAGUAUGCCUUGUUAGAGAAGCAGAAAUUUACUUGUAUUGUUCGAUUUGCCAAUGGCGAAACAAGACCUUAACAUUGGGUGCUACUAGCAACAUUCAUGUUGUUUACAUGCAUGACCUGCUGUGGUGCAUGGUUUGCUUGGAUUCGAGUGUUGUCUAUGGCACUGGUUCUCAAGAUGGCUAAUAUGAUAAAAUUUGCUGCAUGACCUGCUGUGGUGCAUGGUUUGCUUGGAUUCGAGUGUUGUCUAUGGCACCGGUUCUCAAGAUGGCUAAUAUGAUAAAAUUUGCUGCAGAAGAAUUGGAGAAUUUGUUAAAAGAAAGAAAAGUCCCUUAUGCAUUUACGACGAAUAUGUAAGCAGCUGACCAGUAUUUUGAAUGCGUUAUGGAGGGAAUAUGACAGCAAAUGCGCUGAGAAGAACUAAUGCUUAGCAAUGAGGCCUGAUAGUAUGGUAUUAUGCUUUAAGAAAAUAUGUUUAGUUUACUCAUGAGUAUGCCUAGUUGAGAAAAACAUGUUUAAAUACACUCACAAGUAUGCCUAGUUGAGCAGGCAAAAAUCACCUUUAUCAGCUUGGUUCACUAUGCCACAAGUUAGAUUCACAUAGUUUCAACACCAUGCCUACAGUGCAUUGGAUCAUAAUGAAUUUAUUAGUAAUGCCUUGGGGAAACUCUUCUCUUAGGUUUUAAAGAAAGUCUUAUAGAUAUCAUAGACUUGUUAAUCACAAGCAUGAAGGUUUGCAAGGACAUUUUUUCUAUUCCUCUCCUUGUCAUGUGUUCAUUUGAGGAAAUCAUUUUGAUUUAAUAUUCAGAGGGGAACAAAAUUAUCUUGUGUCUCUGGAAAUUGAUCAAUUACA